AUGGCACCCAUCGACCUGACGGCUGCCCUGCCAACCGAGCUAGUGAAUCUCCUCGCGCUGCACUCGUCCUUCCUCACCGCGUUGUCACUGCACUUCGUACACAACGGAACCGGAUCGCCUAUCGACCUGCGAGAUCUUACCGAGACAACUACGUCUGUUUGGCGCCAUCGAAAAGUCACAUACGAUGACAUCCGGCUCUGCGUUGGUGUCCUCGGCUGCGGACCAGCUGCAAGGAAUAAUCCCUUCCAUCUCUCCGACUACGGACGUGGCAAGAUAUGCCUGGAGGUCAGCGAAGAGUACAAGAUGCAGGCGGGACUGUCACAGAUGAACGAGGAGGCCCUCAAGAUCAUGUUCAUGGAGAGCUUGGACCACUUGUGGAGGCAGUGGAGCGCCGCAGGUCAGACAGCACAGAAGAUGUCUAGCCGACCAAUUGCUACACCAAAAAAGCGCGGACGUGGACGUCCUAGGAAGAGCGACCCAACACAAUCCAGCAUCCAGUCCUUCAUCGAUGAGCCCUCCAUGACAAAGUUCAUCGCCCAGCUCCCGCACGCCGAGAUCACAACAUGCGAGUCCCUGACCGCUAUCGCACCCUUGCAAGAGAAGGGCCGCAAGAGGCUCCGCGAGUUCAAGGACAGUGUCCAGCAAGGCCGUGCGGUGAAGAAAACGCGCGAGAGUACGGGCAAAGAGAACGCGCCGGUGCACCCGAAUGCGCAGCAACCCCAAACCAAAAUGACAGAUUUCACCACCGUCCGCAAAACCAACCUCCUCGACCGCAUUCUCGCCAAAGAAGCUGCCGCCGCAUCCGGCCCAAAGGCCCUCUCGCCCGCCGAGCUCCAGCGCAAAGCAGCACUCCAGCGCUCCGAAGACGUGCUCGGCGUUCUUUCCCUUCUAUGCGCAAGCAAGGGACCUGGACUGCGUAUCUCUCUGUCGAUGAACGCAUUGCUGCAAUCGCUGCAAAGCUCCAUACGGACACCGAUAUCGAAGGAGGAGGCUCUGAAGUGCAUUGAGGUGCUUGCGAAUGAGGUCACGCCGGGGUAUGUGAAUGUUGUCAGAAUGGGUGCGCUAAGCAGCGUGGUCGUCAAUAUGGGGAUGAGGCCAGUGGACGUUAAAGGGAGGCUUGUUGCGCUGGGUGCUUAUUAG